GUCCGCAUAAAGAGCAGACGAACGAGAACAUCGGAAAUAGACCGGACCGUAAGUUCUGCCUACUCUGCCUGGUUACGUUCGUCCUCUUCGCGACGGUGGUCGGGCUCUCGAUCCAUGUGUCACAGAUUCGUCAGUCUCAGAUCACAUCCGACAGAAAUUACUAUGAGUUAAACUCAACCCUUCAAUCCAACAUAUCCGAGAAUACCCACCUGAAUUUCUCCCAGAGAACCUGUCUGAAAAAUCUCUCUGCGCUCAACUCUAAUCUAUCCGAUCUUAACCGAAUGCACAGCGAUCUCCGUCACAAGUUCACGGAGAUGGAAACGAAGUACAGAUCUGCCAACGAAAUCAAGGCUCGAAUCUGUGAAUUGUUGACCAGCAGAAGAGUGCAAGCGUGUCCUCAGGACUGGAUCGAAAAUGAAGGUCGGUGUUAUUUCGUAUCCACCUUGGAGAAAGCUUAUGAUAUGGCCAAGGAACAUUGUUCAAACUUUGAUGCAAGGCUCCUCGAAAUAAAUUCAAACCAGGAAGAGAAGUUUGUUUCCAAUGCUGUCUACCGAUACGUAUUAUACUGGAUUGGAAAAUGCGCAGACAGGAAUGUGGCCUCUGAUCUUCUGUACGAGUUGAACCAUGGAUCGCCCACCUGCCGUAAAUGCGAAUCGCAAGGAUGGAGUUACAUUUCCAGUUACAGUUGCAAACGUAAUUACAGAUUCAUCUGCGAGAAGUCGGCACCGUUUUACCCGGAUAUUCAUGAAGAGAUCCGAGGUCUCUGUCAACACCCCGUGGGGCGGACUUCACUCAAAUGACUUCACCCCACUUCUCCGCAUUCACUCUACCACACCCUCUCUCCCCCAACCAUUCAUUCUCACCCACACUCUCUUCCACUCCUUCCUACCCCAGUCUCCUCCUCUACUCGCAUUCUACUCCACUCUCCCGCUUCCCACCGAGACCACUCCUCUCCAAACUGCCCCGAACUACCCACUCACUCCAUUUACUCCUCCUUCCUACUAACUCCUCUUCUCACUCUGCCCUUCUUCUCACCAACUCAGUUCGCUUCUCCACAUCUCUCUCUCUCUCUCUCUCUUACCCCAUUCCCUCCCUCUCUCCUCACCGUUUUCUCCACCCACUCUCACCUCAAUUCUGUGCUUACGAGCUUUCGAUACCCCAACCCAGGGUAAAACAAAACUGUGCACAUUCACCCUAUCUGUGCCUCCCCUGGCUUUAUACCUACGCUCCAAAGAACAAAGUCCCAUCCUGCUUGACUUCCCACCAUAACUCAGACCCGCGGAACCGGAAACAUCCUCGUUAAUCUCCCUCUACACUCUUUCCAGCUCAGUGCCAUCUUUCCUACAGCAGGGAGACAAGAACUGAA